AUGGUUUUUAAAAAUGUGUCUAAAGAAUUACCAUCACUAAUAGAUAAAAAAAGUGUAGAAGAAGGAAUAGUUGAUGAUAAAAUAGUUUCAAAUUGCUUAUCAGAUAAAAAAAAAAGAAAUAUAGAAUAUACAUCUAUUGAUAAUAUUGGCAAUAUCAGGGACACUGAUGAUACCAAAACAAUACAGGGACUACGUAAUGAGGCGGUUCUGAUGGGAAAAGGAAAAAAUGAGUUCACUGAUGAAAUGGGUUGUUUUAAAAGAAAAGGCAAUAGUAACGAAUUUUCAGAUGAAAAUCUUCUAAAUGUUAACAAUUUAGAUUGUAUUGAAAAUAAUACAUAUACAAGCUAUAAUUAUUUAUCACCAUUUUCUGAUCAUUCAUAUAAAUUUGAUGAAUUUCAUCCUAAAUUAAGAAGUAAAAGAAAUUCUAUAAUGACUUUAAAAGAAAAAGUUAUUGAAACAUCAAAAGAUUUUGGUGAAACUUUUAAAAAUGUUGCUGGUAAGACUGUUCGCCAUGAAGUUAUAAAAUUUGGUGGAACAACAUCAGCACAUGGUCUACCAUUAGUUGUAAAUUCCACCCAUUGGUACAGCAAAACAUUGUGGUUUCUUUUAUCUAUCUGUUCAACAAUUGUCUUUAUCUACCAAUGCACAUUAGUAGCAGAGAAGUACAAUAGAAAAGAAAAAAUAGUUAAUGUUGAGCUUCAAUUUGAUUCAGCUAAAUUUCCUGCUAUCACAAUAUGUAACUUAAAUGCUUUUAAGAAACAUCUUGCUAAAACAGUACCAGAGUUACAAGAUACAUUACAUGCUUUUAGGCAGGCUGUUAGUUUUAGUAAAGGUGCCUCAAAUCACCUACAAAAUGAUGUAAAAAAACGAAAUAAAAGGAGUGGAUUUAGGUAUGUUCAGUAUGAACCUGUUAUAUCAGAUUGUGAAUGUCCUUCUUAUGUUAGUAAAUCAAAAGAUAGUAAAGAUAAUGAAUGUUUACAAAAAGAUGGAGUUCCAACAAGUAAUAUUACAACAUGUAUAUGUAAUUUUGAUAGACAAGAUUCUUCUAUCUGGCCAUGUUAUAGUAAAAGUACUUGGAGGAAUGAUUUUUGUCCUGAGUGUAAUGAUAUAGGUUAUUGUAAUUUACCAGAUACCAAUGGAACCCAAAAACUUCCUUGUUUAUGUCAAAAUGAUAUUGGAUAUUGUUUAUUACAACCUGAUAGAAUAAAAAAAGUUUGGGAAAUUAAGGGUACAGCUGUUCCUAGUGAAGAUUCUCCAUAUAGAGAUGAUUUUUUAAAACAACUUAAAGAAUUAGGAUAUGAAAAUACUACUGAUGAAGUUGCUAUAACAACAAAAACAAAAGAAAAAUUAGUUUUAACUAUGGCUGGCCUUCCUGUACAAAGGAGAAUUGCUUUAGGUUAUGGUAAAAGUGAAUUUAUAAAAAUGUGUUCUUUUAAUGGAAAUCAAUGUGAUAUUGUUAAAGAUUUUAAACUUCAUGUUGAUCCUGCAUUUGGAAAUUGUUAUACAUUUAAUUAUAAUCAAGAUAAAUCAAAAAUAUUUUAUAGUAGUAGAGCUGGUCCUUCAUAUGGAUUAAGAAUGAUGUUAUAUGUCAAUUCAUCAGAUUACCUUCCAACAACAGAAGCAACAGGUGUAAGAAUUGCCAUUCAUGAUCAAAGUGUUUGGCCAUUUCCUGAUACUUUUGGUUAUUCUGCCCCUACUGGUGCUAUUUCUUCAUUUGGUUUAUCAUUAAGAAAAUUUCGUCGUCUUGGACCACCAUAUGGUGAUUGUGUAGAGGUUAAUGAAACAUUACCAAAAGAUUAUAUAUUUAAAAAUAAUGCUUAUGAACCAGAAGGUUGUUAUAGAAGUUGUUAUCAAACAACAAUUAUUAAUAAAUGUAAAUGUGCAGAUCCUCGAUAUCCAACAUCAAAUAAUCAAACACGAUAUUGUGAUAUUUUAGAUAUGAUGGAAAGGCAAUGUUUAUUGCAGGAGGGCACGAAAUUUACAAAAAAUAAUAGUUGUAAAUGUAGACAUCCAUGUCAACAAAAUGUAUGGACAACAACAUACUCUGCAGCCAAAUGGCCUUCAGGAUCUUUUAAAGUAGGAUCAUGUAAUAAAUCAUUAGAAGAUUGUAUAAAUCAUUACUCUUCUCAUGCUGCAAUGGUUGAGAUAUACUAUGAACAAAUGAGUUAUGAAAAAUUACAAGAAUCUGAAUCUUAUUUAUUUGUAAAUCUUAUUUCAGAUAUAGGUGGUCAGGCUGGUUUAUGGCUUGGUGCUAGUGUUAUAACAAUAUGUGAAAUAACUUUUUUCCUAUUUAGACUUUUAACAGUUUAUUGUAGAAUGCCAGUAAUUCCAGUAAAAAAUGAAACAGAUAUUAAAGGUGGAAAAUCUAAAUGGUCUCCAGUAAAUAUAAGAGUAUAUGAAAGUUCUGAUAAUAUAAAUAAUAGAGAUUCAUAUGUAGAAACAGAUUCAAUUGUUAUUAGUAAUCACACCUCUACAACAGAUGAAGAUAGUAGUUACGGGUCAAAAAAAAAAAUAAGAACUAUUUACGAUGGCAAUAAUAUAAAGCAAAAAAUUGAAGAGAAUUUAGAUGAUAAUAAUGAAAUUAAAAACAAAAAAAAAAUUAAAACACCUAAAAAUAUAAAUAUAUAA